GGUUCAGAAAUACAGGCUCUGGAGGAAACGAGAUAAAUAAAACACAUAUUUAAGCUAAGAUGUCUGUUGUAGGUUUUGAUGUGGGGUUUCAGAACUGUUACAUUGCUGUUGCCAGGAGCGGCGGUAUUGAAACCAUUGCUAAUGAAUACAGUGACAGAUGCACUCCGGCAUGCAUUUCUUUGGCAUCUAAAAACAGAACCAUUGGGAAUGCUGCUAAGAGUCAGAUCAUUACAAACUUUAAGAACACAGUACAUGGCUUUAAGAAGUUCCAUGGUCGAGUGUUUGAUGAUCCCUUUGUACAGGCUGAGAAAGCAAAAUUGCCUUACAGCCUUCAUAAGGCCCCCAAUGGCAGCACUGGAGUGAAGGUUCGUUACUUGGAUGAAGACAAGGUAUUCACUAUUGAGCAGGUGACAGCCAUGUUGCUCACCAAACUAAAGGAGACAUCAGAGAGCGCUCUGAAAAAGCCAGUGGUGGACUGUGUCAUUUCUGUCCCCAGCUUCUUUACUGAUGCAGAGCGAAGAUCAGUAAUAGAUGCUUCUCAGAUUGCUGGGUUGAACUGCUUGAGGCUAAUCAAUGACACAACAGCAGUUGCAUUAGCCUAUGGCAUCUACAAACAGGAUUUACCAAACCCAGAAGAAAAGCCACGUAAUGUUGUGUUUGUGGACAUUGGUCACUCGUCCUACCAGGUCUUGAUUGUCUCCUUUAACAAGGGGAAACUAAAGGUAUUGGCGACAGCAUACGACCCAUAUUUGGGUGGGCGUAACUUUGAUGACGUGCUGGUAGAGCAUUUCUGUGAGGAGUUUAAGAGUCGUUACAAGUUAAAUGUAAAGGACAAUCCUCGGGCCUUGCUAAGGCUUCAUCAAGAGUGUGAAAAGCUCAAGAAGCUCAUGAGUGCCAACUCUUCAGAGCUACCGCUUAACAUUGAGUGCUUCAUGAAUGACAUUGAUGUCUCUGGGAGAAUGAACAGGGGCCAUUUUGAGGAGAUGUGUGCUCAGCUUUUGAGCAGAAUGGAAGCACCACUUAAAGCAGUCGUGGAACAAUCAAAGCUAAGCAGAGAUGACAUUUAUGCUGUGGAAGUUGUUGGUGGUGCUACUAGGAUUCCUGCUAUUAAAGAGAGUAUUUCCAGGUUUUUUGGUAAAGACAUCAGUACCACCCUGAAUGCAGAUGAGGCAGUGGCUCGAGGAUGUGCCCUGCAGUGUGCAAUCUUGUCCCCAGCUUUCAAGGUCCGUGAGUUUUCUAUCACAGACGUUGUUCCCUUCCCAAUCACUCUUCGCUGGAAGUCUCCCACAGAUGGUGUUGGUGAAUGUGAGGUAUACAACAAGAAUCAUGCAGCACCUUUUUCCAAAGUCAUCACCUUUCACAAGAAAGAACCCUUUGACCUGCAAGCAUUUUAUAGCACUCCACAAGAUUUGCCAUAUCCAGACACCAGAAUAGGCCGCUUUACUGUCCAGAAUGUUGUGCCUCAGUUGGAUGGAGACAGUUCGAAGGUCAAGGUGAAAGUGCGUGUUAAUGUGCACGGCAUCUUCAGUGUAUCCAGUGCAUCACUGAUAGAGAAGCAGAAAGGCGAAGUGGAGGAUGUGCAGAUGGAGACGGAUCACACAGUUCAGAAUGAGGGCAGGCCAGAGGACCAGGCUAAAAUGCUGGUGGAUCAAGAUGCUCAAGGUGAGCAUCUCAGUGAAGAGGGGAAAGCGUCAAGCUUUGAUAAUAAGGAGGGUGAUUCCCCUGAAAAGCAGGGGGCAGGCACAAGCAAACCCAAGACAAAAGCAAAGAGUGUUGAUUUGCCCAUCCUGACCUACACUAUUAGGCAGCUGGACAGAGAGCUGUUGAACAAUCUGGUAGAAGAAGAGAGGAGAAUGAUUGCUCAGGACAAGCUGGAGAAGGAAAGAAAUGAUGCCAAGAAUGCUGUGGAGGAGUAUGUGUACGAUUUGAGAGACAAACUCUGUGGCAUGUAUGAAAAGUACAUUACUAAAGAGGAGAGUAACAGACUUACUCUGAUGCUUGAGGAUACAGAAAAUUGGCUGUAUGAGGAGGGUGAAGACCAACCAAAGGAGACCUAUCUCGAUAAACUGACUGAGCUGAAAAGGUUUGGUGAGCCUAUUGAAGAGCGAUAUCGGGAGCAGGAGGAAAGACCACAAGCUUUUAAUGAAUUGGGCAAGAAAAUCCAGCUUUUCCUAAAGGUCUUGGAUGCCUACAAGCAGAAGGACGAGCGAUACCAGCAUCUAAUGCCUGAGGAGAUGAGUACAGUGGAGAAGAGUGUGAAUGAGGCCAUGAACUGGAUGAACUCCAAGAUGCUUGCUCAGAGCAAACUCAGCAUCACUCAGGAUCCUGCAGUGAAAGUAGCAGAAAUCAUACAGAAGAUUCAGGAGCUGAAUGACAUCUGCAGUCCUGUGGUGAACCGACCUACAGACGAGAAGCCAGCGGAGGACAACAACGCUCACAAUGGCCCUACAGCAGGACAAGCCCCUGACAACAAGAGCAGUCAGCACACGAAGAACCAGGGAGAGGGGGAAAUGGACUGAAUGGUUUAAGCACUCUUGUUGUUCUUACAGCAGUCAUUGUUGGACCCUCACAGCUGACUCUUAACCUGUCAUCAGUACCAUUCCCGUUUUGUCCACAGUUCAGCUGGUCGUAGUUUGCACCCCAACCUGUGUUACGUGUGCUUUCUGGUUUGUUGUGAUGGAGUCAGUCUGUUCUUGGAAUAUUAAAGUUAUGUGUGAAUCUAGGACCAGGGUGAGGCAUUCAUGGUAGAAUCAUUAUUAGCUGUAGCUUAACAAUGACAAAAUGCUGCCACUCUUGACAAAAUGUUGUCUUAAUGCAAUGUGAUUCUGGAUUCUGUGUAAUCCAAAGUGCUGGUUUUAUCAAGACUUAUAUUGCACAUGGAAAAGUGAAUAAAUUGCUACUUGAAUCAUUUCUAAGGUUAAGGAGACACAAGUAUGUAUGCAAUUAUAUGCAGUAGAUGAUAUAUUUGUAUAUGACAUUCAAAAAAGAUGUGUGCUACCUAGGACUGUACAUAUUAUAUUAGUAAUGUGAAUUUAUAAGUUCAUAAAAGGAUAGAUAUGGGAUCUGGUGAUAAAUUAGCAAUGCUUCCAGCUCCAAGCGAUUAGUUAAAAGUAGAAUGCAAUGAGCUCUUUAUUAUUUUCACCUUAUUCAUCCAUUUCCCAAUAUCCAAUAUCAAGGAGAGAUUUAAUGAUGGAAUCUAAUAAAAACUAAUCUUCACGAUCAAAGUGUGUUGGCUUUGUAAAAGAUAUAUCUAUCUGAUGUGGUUGAAAUCUUUCCUUCCACUGUUUUUUUUUCUGUUUUGA